AGAUACUACAGGAGACGAUAUUUGUCAAAAAUAAAAUUAGGAAAAUUGGAGCCAAAAUUUGGAGGGGAGUUGGAUGCAAAUAUCCAAUAAGUUUCCUAUAAAGACACCCCCUGCUGCCAGAAACAAACACCAUCCUCCAUUAGCACCUGUCAUUUGUAGCCCGUAAGAAUGGCAGUCAGAGGAUGGAUCCUCCCAGCAUUGUUCCUUUCCUGCACAAUCCUCCCCUUGCUGACCUCCGCGUUCCUACGCUUCCCUGGACAACACAUCGGGCACCACCACCACCAUUUCGGCCACUUUCACCAUCCACAUGAUGCUCACCACCACCACCACCACCACUUUCACCAUCCACAUGAUGCUCAAAAUAUUGAGGAGCACAAGGACAGCAAGGGCGACGAGGGAGCUCAUUUUUUACCAAUCCUGGACAAUCAGGACCCUUUACCUGAAGAGGGGGAAGAUCGCCAGGAGACAAUACCAGAACAUGACGUACCAAAGAAUGGAGGGCAAGAACCUGAGGAGCCAAUACCAGAACAUGACGUACCAAAGGAUGGAGGGCAAGAACCUGAAAUCGCACAAGAGGCGCUACGAGAAGGAUUUUACGCGCAGAGCUGCCCGCAAGCUGAGAAUGUGGUGAAUCAGAUCAUAAACAAGCAUUUCCGCAGAGAUCCAACCCUUGCUGCUGCCAUAGUUCGCCUGUUUUUCCAUGAUUGUUUUGUCACGGGCUGUGAUGCUUCAAUCCUGCUGGAUGCAACACCAACUGGCGAGGACGUCGAGAAGAAAGCACCUCAUAAUGGAGAGUUUGUCAGGGGAUUUGAACCCAUUGACGACAUAAAAACUCAGCUGGAGACUGAAUGCCCGGGCGUGGUUUCCUGUGCUGACAUACUAGCAUUUGCGAACCGUGAUUCGCUUGUUCAUGCAGCCGUUCCCCACUAUAAUGUAGCUGCAGGGCGUCGAGAUGGACUAGCUUCACUUGCCAAAAAUGUGGAUCAGAAUCUCCCACUUCCAGGUAACUCAGCUCAGGAGAUUAUUCAGAUAUUUGAAAAGAAAGGGAUGACUAUCGAGGAGAUGAUUGUGCUCUCUGGCGCACAUUCCAUUGGCGCUGCCCACUGUAGCAUCGUUGCUGAUAGGUUCCAUGAUCCAGAGAAGUCAAGGGAGAUUGAUCGUGGCUAUCUCCUAAGGAUGCAGACCUUAACCUUCUGCCAGAACCAAACUCAAGAUAUCGCGUUUGAUCCAUACUCACAUCACAAAAUGGACGCACGUUUCUACAAGGAGCUCUUGAAUAACCGAGCGUUGCUUGAAUCGGAUCACAAUCUAGCCCAAGAACCUCAUGCACACAAAAUCAUGGAGAAAUAUGCCAUCGAUCAGCAGGGGUGGAUAGCGAAAUUUACAAGUGCCAUCAUCAAAAUGGGGGAGAUCGAAGUGCUCACAGGAAAUCAGGGACAAAUCAGGAAACAAUGCAGGGCUGUCAACUGAAAAUGAUUCAGUUCAAUUUCACUAGUUUUGGGUUGCAUUUCAAACUUUUUCCUGUUUCUCUUUCAUACAUUCAUUCAAAUAAUGCAUGCAACAGAGAAGGUAAAGAAAACACAGUUGUAUCAUAAGAACGCGAUGUUACAUAAGGUAAAAUAUAUAUGCUAAUAGCAGCUUUUCAUA